CCGCAAUUUAUGAACUUCAUUAUUAGAUUUCGAUAUAUUUACAGGUAUAUAUAAAUUAAUUUCCGCUAUUAUUUUCAACUGUGAACUGGAGACCAUAUACUUGUUUUGGUUUCAAAAUAUUGUUUCAAUAGAAUAACAUCACUUGCAAAUUCCUGAAAAUGGAUGACAAAUUCAUUGAAGAAAUAAUACCUGGAUUUUCAAAUAAAUUAUAUGAUUAUUUAUUAGCAUUUAAGUGUGAUGAAUUGAGUAAUCUAAUUAUAUCACCAAUCGGUAUAUGUACAGCGUUAUGCAUUGUACUUUCAGCAAGUAAUGAUAAAACAGCUACAGAAUUAUUCAAAGCAAUGGAAUUAAACAAAGACUUUGAUUAUCAUGAAAUAGUUCGCGAGACAUUACACAAUAUUUCUAAUACAGGUGAAGGCAUUCAAUCAACUAUCAAAAAUCGUAUUUUUAUACCAAAAUCGAUUGAAAUUGAUGAAAACUUUAACAGAUUACUGUUAGAUACAUAUAAAGCAGAGAUUGAGAAAGUUCCAUUUAAAGGUGACAGAAAAGGUUCAAUAAUUCGUGUUAAUGAAUGGAUAAAACAAAUAAUGAAUAUGAAAUAUCACAGAUUAUCGAUAUCCAGUUUCCCUGAUAAUAUUUCUACUGUAAUUACUUCGACAGCUUAUUUCAAAGGAUUAUGGAAGCAUGUUUUUGAAGAAGAUAAAAAACGAGCAUGCACUUUUCAAAGACUUGAUGGUUCCAGUAAAAAUAUCACAUUUUUGCAUACAAUUGAUGAAUUUGAAUCAGCUACAUUUCCUGAACUUAAAUCAUGUGGUGUAAAAAUACCAUUAUUAGAUUCACAGUGGACAGUAUUGAUUUUAUUACCAGAUGAAGAGAAUGGUCUGCCAGAGUUAAUCAAUACACUGCGUCGUACAAAUGGAUUUGUAAAAUUAAUAGAAUCACCAUUCUAUUCAUUAAAAUUGAAUUUAUACAUACCUAAGCUAUGCAUAAAAUUCAAUAAUUUAAUUAGUAUUAAAAAGUUAUUACAACGCAUGAACAUUAAUGAUGCAUUUGAUAUUAUGUCCGCCAAUUUAUCUAAUAUGGCCAGUUCACCAAAUGAUAAUGUUUAUAUCUCUGAAAUAUUUCAUUGUGCUAGUUUUGAAAUAAAUGAAAUGCGCACAUCAUCAUGUAAUCUCACUCGAUUCUGUGGUAAAAAACUUACUGAACCAGCAGAUAUUACAAUGAAAGUUGAUCAUCCAUUCUUUUUAAUAAUUCUAUGGAAUAAUGAAAUACCUGUAUACCUUGGACAUAUUAUUGAACCAGAGAAUUGAUUUAUUUUUAUUUUUAGUUUUAAGAAAAGAAACAAACAACAACCAACACUCUUAUUUUAAUAAUAAUAAUUAAACACUGAUUCCUGUACUAAAAGAAGAAAUAUUCUUUAUGUUAACACCAUUUUUAUUUUAAGUUUCUGCAUUCUUAUAUUCAUUUUAGUUCAAGAAAACACCGU